CUAGGUUUUUAAAACUUGGGUUGGAUAAUUUAUCCAUCUUGCCCUAAUUUUCUCUUCUUGCCUAGAAGUUGCAGAGAGGGAUCAGUGAAAAUGGUGAACACCAAGAAAACGAAGAAGACCCAUGAGUCCAUUAAUAAUAGGUUGGCUCUGGUUAUGAAGAGUGGGAAGUACACUCUUGGUUACAAGACUGUACUUAAAUCUAUGAGGAACUCCAAAGGGAAGCUGAUAAUUAUUGCAAAUAAUUGUCCUCCCCUGAGGAAGUCCGAGAUUGAGUACUAUGCCAUGCUUUGCAAGGUUGGGGUGCAUCAUUUUAAUGGAAACAACGUGGAUUUGGGGACGGCAUGUGGAAAGUAUUACCGCGUUUCGUGUCUUAGCAUCACAGAUCCAGGGGAUUCUGAUAUCAUCAAAACUCUGCCUGGGGAUCUGUAAGUUGGGCUCGAUGCUGGAGAAAUUUUGGAGAAGGAUUGUAUAUUUUAUUUAGUGAUGUUGAUGAAGAACAUAUAAAAGUUAGUUUGAGAUGGCUUAGGUGCUGGGCAUAUCUUGGAUUUCACCAAAAAAUUUGGAUGGUGGUUAUGGAAAAUUAUGUUAGUUUGUUUGCAUCAAUGUGGAAGAUAUAUAUUUUGUAAACUAUGUUAUGACCUUUGUUUCUUUUA